GUUGCAGCCAGUCACGUGUUGAAUAAAUCAGAUUUUGGAGACGGACGUCCACUGCACGGCCCCCACAUCGUUCCCUCUUAUUACCAGAGUGCAGCCAGCAGCAGUGUGUGUGCAUGUGUGGCGUGUGUGUGUCUGAGUCCGUGCAGACAGGCAGAGAGGGUGCACCGAGAGAAGCUGAGGACGAGGAAACUUUUACCGCAAGUUUUUUUUAAAUUUCCACUUUUACUCUUUUCAUUUAGAAAUCCGGGGGAAAAAAGGAAGGAAAAAAAACUUGAUUUUGCACAGAAUCGUGCGCUGCAGAGAAAAGCCUCAUUUGAAAAGAGGACAGGACUUUUAACCCAGAUAUGGAUGUAACUUUGCGCUUCACAAAGUGGAGCUGAAAGGGAUCUUUCUGGAUAUCUUCGAACUUUGUUUGAAUCCCAUCAAAACGCCACAUGAAGGUUUAAACCAAAGGAGCAAAAAUGAAGACAGUUGCCAGGAGACUGGGGAAGUUUACGAUAGAUCCUUUACACUGUGAGAAUUGGUGGAGCACACGGAUACUUCUAAUGGUGUAUGUGGCCUUGGAGCUUUUAACACUCCAUCCAUCUUUUGUCCUUGGUACCCUUGAACUACAGCUAGACGAGGAACAACCAGCAGGAACAGUGGUGGGAGACAUCAGUGCAGGACUUCCCCCUGGUGUCACAGCUUCCUUGUACUUCAUUUCAGACCAUGAGGGCACAGGAGUGAGCAGUGAUUUGGACAUUGAUGAAAGCACAGGCAUAAUUAGAACUGCUAGGGUUCUGGACAGAGAAUUGAGAGAUCAAUACAACUUCAUUGCAGUCACCAUGACAGGUGUGACUGUAGACGUAACCAUCAAAGUGAAUGAUAUAAAUGAUCAUGCACCCAAGUUCCCUCGUAAAAGGGCUACAUUUAAAAUUCCCGAGCAGACAGCAAUUGGCACCAGAUUUCCUCUUGAGCCAGCUGUUGAUAAUGAUAAAGACCAGUUCACAACACAGGGCUACCUUAUCAAGGAUGGAAAUGUUGGGCAAGCAUUCAGCUUGGAGACAAGGAGGGGAAGCAAUAAGGUCCUCUAUUUGGACCUGAUGGUAAAUACCAUUCUAGAUCGAGAGAAAAGAUCCACCUACACCUUAUUUUUAGAGGCUUUUGAUGGAGGUUCCCCAAAAAGAACAGAUCAGAUGACAUUAGAUAUUACUGUACAAGACAUUAAUGACAAUGCUCCUGUUUUCAAUCAGAGCCGCUACCAUGCUAUCAUAUCUGAGAACCUCCAACCAGGAAGCAACAUCCUGCAGGUGUUUGCAACAGAUGAUGAUGAGGGAGAUAAUGGGAUGGUGAUAUAUGAAAUCAACAGAAGACAGAGUGACCCAGACCGCUACUUUGUCAUAGACUCUCGUGCUGGCAUCAUCACUUUGAACAAGCCCCUGGACUUUGAAAAGAGGAGAGUCCAUGAACUUGUAGUCCAGGCUCAAGACAAUGCAACCCAUCCAGAAGUGACCAAUGCGUUUGUCACUAUACAUGUCAGAGAUUAUAAUGACAACCAGCCCACGAUGACCAUCAUCUUUCUGAGUGAGGAUGGAUCUCCCAGAAUCUCAGAAGGUGCACAGCCUGGUCAGUAUGUAGCACGGAUAUCAGUCACUGACCCAGACUAUGGAGAGUAUGCCAAUGUCAAUGUGUCAUUAGAGGGAGGGGAUGGAAAGUUUGCCCUGACCACAAAAGAUAGCAUUAUAUAUCUUGUCUGUGUGGACCAGAUUCUGGACCGUGAGGAGAGAGACACUUAUGAACUAAGGGUGAUGGCAACAGACUCAGGUACACCUCCCCUCAGGGCUGAGUCCUCUUUUACCAUCCAAGUGACUGACAUCAAUGACAACCCUCCUCUGUUUGACCAGCCAGUGUACAGACAAGUCAUCCCUGAAGUAGUUUUCCCAGGGAGCUUUGUGUUGCAGGUUACUGCAAGAGAUAAAGACCAGGGACCCAACGGAGACAUUAGCUACAGCAUCCUUCAAGACCAGAGUGCUUAUUACAGCUGGUUCAGUAUAGACUCCAUUACGGGCAUUAUUACCACUUUAUCCCAGCUGGAUUAUGAAAAGAACCCUAGUCCCAGUAUAACUGUAGUGGCUACAGAUGGUGGAAAACCAUCUCUUUCAUCAACUGCUGUGGUAAACAUCUUACUUCAGGAUAUAAAUGACAAUGAGCCCGUUUUCGAGAGACACUUCUACAACGUGUCCAUCAAGGAAAACACAGCUCCAGGGACCUGCAUUCUGGAGGUGACUGCGACAGAUGCAGACGGUGGCUCCUUUGGCUCGAUCACCUACUCUCUUGGCUCUGGCAGUAACAGCGCUGUUCCCUCUCAGUUUAAUAUUGGCAAGGAAAAUGGCCAGAUCUGCACUACUGGUGUACUAGACAGGGAUCAAGGGCUGGACAGUUUCGACUUUACUGUUACUGCAGUUGACGGGGGUGGACUGAGCUCCGUAGCCUAUGUGAAAGUAGAUCUGGUCGACAUUAAUGACAACAGACCUGCUUUCUACCCACUCAGCUACGCUGUUAGUUUGAGCACACAGAGUGCCCCUGGGACAUCUGUUGUCAGAGUGACAGCCUAUGACCCAGACUCAGGCGAGAAUGGGAAAAUUACUUACAAAACAGUACCUGGAGGAGCAUCGCCAUACUUUACACUCAAUAAAGACACAGGUGUCAUCUCUCUGUCUCGCUCUGCCUAUGGGAAGGCCAACUCUGUCAUUACCAUGAUUGUCACUGCUCAAGAUGGUGGAGGUCUGUUUGUAUUAGACCAUGCUAAGGUUAACAUCAGUGUGGUAGCAGGGCUGGUGGCACCACCUGUAUUUGAACAGACUCAGUACUACUUUACUGUAUCUGAAGACGCCCUGCGUGGGACAGUUGUAGGCAUUGUCCAAGCCAGCAGUAAGACAGGCAUUUCCAAGGGUGUCUCCUACACCAUCAGCUCUGGGGACCCUGCAAGCUACUUUACUGUAGAUCCUGACAGUGGAGUCAUAAGAACAAGUCUGCCCCUGGAUCAUGAAAUCCAGUCAUCUGUUGACUUGGAGGUGCAGGCUCACAGUGGCAACCCCCCAGCGUUUGGCCAGACUCGUGUCCACAUCUCCAUCGCCGACAUCAAUGAUAACCAACCUGUUUUUCUGCCCUCAUCCUCUGAGUCCCUUCUUCUACCAGAAAACACAGAAAUGGGUGCAGUGGUGUAUAGAAUCCAAGCUGAGGACAGAGACUCUGGUGUUAAUGGACAGCUCACCUUUGAUCUUUCCUCUCCAAGUGGAAUCCAGAGAAUCUUCAGUGUAGAUCGCAGUACCGGAGAGAUCCGAUUGGUGGGGAGCCUUUCCUAUGAAACAAACCCACGUUACGAUCUCCUGGUGGUUGCCAAGGACAAUGGAGUACCCCAGCUUAGCGCCACCUUUAUGCUUGUGGUUCACGUCCAAGCAGAGAAUGAACAGGGACCUGUGUUUGACACCCUCACCUACCGCGUGGAACUAAAAGAAGGAACACCAAUAAACACACGCUUCCUGCAAGUAAGAGCUUUGAUCAGAGAGAUCCAAGGCUCAGGUCACCUGACUCCUUUGAUGUAUCACCUCCGUCCUGAUGGAGAUGCUGCAGGGUUUGGUAUAGCUGCAGAGAGUGGUUGGCUGUUUGUGAAGAGUGCCCUUGAUAGGGAACUGAAGGAUAUGUAUAUUCUGACAGUAAUGGCCAGUGUGGGUCAUGGACAGUUAAAAAAGACAGGCAGCGCUACAGUCCGAAUAUCAGUGACUGAUGAGAAUGACAACUACCCUCGGCUCACGCAGGAGAAAGUAUUUAUGGCUGUUAGAGAAAAUCUGCCUGCGGGAACAGGUUUUGGACACGUGUUAGCCACCGACAGAGAUGCUGGCUCCAAUGGGCGUCUCAACUACCGCUUCCUGCAUCCUGACCGCAACUUCCAGAUUAACACCCACACAGGUGAAAUAAGUACAAGGAUGACUCUUGACAGAGAGCAGCAGUCAAGCUAUCAGCUGGUGGUGGUGGUACAAGACGGUGGUUCGCCCCCUUGUUCUGUGACGGGCACCAUCUUCGUUACAGUCCUUGAUGACAACGACAAUGACCCUGCUUUUAUCCACAGCCAGUCGGGCAAAGAUAUCAUAUUACAGGUGACAGAAGGUCAGGCUGCUGGGGCUGUGCUGGGCACACUGCAAGCCAAAGAUCCUGAUGAAGGGGAGAACAGCACCUUAUUCUACUCUUUGUCAGGUCCCAGGGCUGAGCGCUUCUCUUUAAAUGCAAUCACUGGUGAACUGCAUUCAUCAUACCCUCUUAUUCACUCAGAACGAGCUGAAUACUCUCUGACAGUGACAGCCACUGACAGAGGACUGCCCCCUCGCAGUGCCUCCUGCUCCCUCACCAUUCAGGUUAUCAGCAUAAAGAGAGUUACCUCUAAGACCGAUUUACAUUCUAUGUUUUUAAACUCUGUGGAGGAGACAACUCCUGGCUCAGUGAUUGGUUCUGUGCGUCUCCAUGACAGAGGAACCUUAGAAGAAGGCAAGGUGACCUACACAGUAGUUGGUGGUACAGAUAAGGAUGGAACCUUUGUUGUGGACCAUCUAACUGGGGAUGUGUACUUGGCUUGUCCUCUUGACUUUGAGCAAAACGCACAGUACAACCUGAAAAUUGAGGUGGAUGACUUUUCUCAGAUCCCUCCCAGUAGCACACUCGUCAGCUUGGACAUUGACAUAGAAGACAGCAAUGACCAUACCCCUGAAUUUGCUGAGGACCCUAUAACCAUUGUCAUAUCUGAAAACAUGGAGACUGGCUCUUCUGUCUACACUUUCCAGGCCACAGAUAAGGAUGGCAGUGGGCCCAACAGCGAGCUGAUGUACUCCAUUCUUCACCAAUGGCCAAACACCCCUGGCCUUUUAACUCUUGACCCCAUCACCGGUGUUCUCUCAUUGGGUCGCAAGUUGGAUCAUGAGGUCACGUCCUCAUUGAUCCUUGUUGUUAAAGCAACCGACUCACCCCUCAAUGCGAGCCAGAAGCGCUGGGGUUCCGUCACAGCGAGGAUGUAUAUCACCGAUGAGAAUGACAAUCCACCAGAGUUCAUUUCACCAACGGCUGUCAGUGUCAUGGAGGACCAGCCAGUGGGCUUUGUGGUGCUUUUUGUCAUGGCUAGAGAUGCAGACCAAGGGGAUAAUAGUCGAUUGACUUAUAGAAUCCAAUCCGGCAACACUGGAGGGACAUUCAGCCUCAACUCAAACACUGGUUCUCUGUCUAUUUUCAAACCUCUGGACCAUGAAGAGCAGGACAUCUUUAACCUCACAAUAGUCGCUGAGGAUCAUGGGAUACCCAAACGCUCGUCCAGCCAGCUGUUGUGUGUCCAUGUGAUAGAUGUUAAUGAUGAGAUUCCCUGGUUUGAGGAGAGCCUGUAUGAAGCCCAAAUUUCUGAGAAUGAACCUGCAGGGACCACUGUUUUAACAGUGUCUGCAUCUGAUCUGGACCAAGGAACCAAUGCAUAUGUGACAUAUGGUGGUAUUGCACAGGGAGGUUUUAGCAUCAACCCAGUCACAGGUGUCAUAACCACCUCUAAGCCAUUGGACAGGGAAUCUCAGGAUUUUUAUACUGUGACAGUUUAUGCAAAAGAUGGAGGCCUUCCACCCAACUAUGCUAAAGCAACAGUGAAGAUCAAGGUACUUGAUGUUAAUGACAAUGCCCCUGUCUUUGGACGGCUCUACUAUAGCAUUGAUGUGCCUGAAAACCUGGAAGCGUUGCCUCUGUUCACUCUAAAAGCCACUGACUUCGAUGCAGAAAAAGGAGGGAAGAUAAGCUACAUAAUUGCAGCUGGUGAUCCAUCCGGAGACUUUCACCUUGACAGACAGUCAGGAGUGCUGCAUACUUCAAGGCCUCUGGAUCGGGAAAAGAGACCUGGGUAUACUCUAACAGUCAUAGCCCAUGAUCAGGGCCAACCGCCCCUCAGUGGCACUGCCACUGUAGAAGUGACAGUUCUGGACAUCAAUGACCACAGCCCACAGUUUCAGAGCAGUAGCUAUACUGCUGAUGUUUCUGAAGAUGUCCCCAUUGGCUCACUGGUUCUAGAGGUGAAAGCCAUUGAUUUGGACUAUGGACUUAACAGCCAGGUCUUCUACUUCCUAAGCCAGGGCUCUCACAGCAUGUUCAUCGUAGACCAGAACACAGGUCGCAUCAUCACAGCAGCCCCCCUCGACAGAGAAAAAACUGCCUCUUACACUUUUGAAGUGUGUGCCACUGAUUCCUCCCCCACAAACCCCAAAAAUUCAACUGCUCAAGUUACUGUCUACAUACAAGAUGUAAACGACAAUGCCCCGUUCUUCAUUCAGGACCCACUUAUUUUGAACAUCUCCACCAGUAGUGUGUCCAGCCGUAGAGUACUGGCCACCAUGAGGGCAGAGGACAAGGACUUUGGGGCUAAUGGCUCAGUUUUCUAUCGUUUUGCCAACCCUGUGAGGGGCUUUACCAUUAAUUCACUGACAGGAGACAUCCAGGCCACAGAGAAGCUGCAGACUAUGACACAAAGCCAGAGAACUUUGAUAGUUCAGGCCAUGGAUCAAGGAAACCCUGCUCAGUCUUCCCUGGGCGUGGUUAUCAUUUACAUAAGGGAACAAACGUACAGGGGUAUUCGCUUCUCCCGCACAGCCAGAGAUGUCAGUCUGCAAGAAAAUGCAGCCAAAGGCACAGUAGUAACACAGACUCAAGCCCAGUACCCUGAUGGCUCUAAAACUGGUAUCAGCUACAGCAUUUUUAGUGGAAACAGAAUGCAGUCUUUUGGGAUCAACUCCAUUACUGGUGAAAUAUGGGUCCAGCAAUCUGAAGGACUUGAUUUUGAAGAGACCCCUAAACUCCGCCUGGUGGUGAAAGCUGAGACAGCGUCCUCCAUCUCCUACAUGGCUGUCAACUUAAUUCUGCAGGACAUAAAUGACAACUUGCCACGCUUUCAGCUGCAGAACUAUGUAGCAUACAUAAGAGAGGCACAGGGCUAUGAUUUUCCUAUUAUCCAGGUUGCUGCUGAUGACUUGGACCAGGGUCAAAAUGGUCAGGUGACCUACUCUAUUAGGUCAUCAUCCAUGAGUGGCUUGUUUAAGAUCGACCCCUUGACUGGCAGCAUCUCCACUGCCGCCAUAAUGGACAGAGAGAUCUGGACGCAAACAAAGCUUGUUGUUGUGGCAACGGACCGGGGAACCCCACGACUGGCUGGCUCUGCCACGCUCACUGUGAUCAUCAUUGACCUCAAUGACAACAGUCCUAUGAUUCCUCCGCCUCGUGAGAUCCGGGUGCCUGAGGACACUCUCAUUGGCUCAGUUAUCACCCGAGUAACAGGAAAUGAUGUGGAUUCUGGUCCACCCCUCUCCUAUUCACUACAUCUGGAUGCAAACAUCCAAGGCAUGUUUGGGAUUCAUCAAUAUGGAGGAGAGGUGUCUUUGACUGGCUCAUUGGACUACGAGGAAAGGACGUGGUACACUCUGACAGUCCGCUCAUCGGACUCUAAACAUCAAAGCGAGGCUAACCUCACUAUCCUUGUGGAUGAUGUGAAUGAUAAUGCCCCCACUUUUACUUACGAUUUAUACCAGGUGACUAUAUCAGAGCACCUCCCAGCAGGCAGUUCAGUGAUCACAGUAACAGCCACUGACCAUGACUCUGGAGAGAAUGGAAAAAUAACCUACAAAGUAAUGUCAUCAACAAAGGGUGAUUUCUUCAUUGACCCAAGCAAUGGAACUCUCUUCAUCAAGCAUAAAACAGAACUGACAUUUGAGCAUUCCUCCAUUCUUGUGGUGAUUGAGGCCCGGGACCAGGGUUCUCCAGCUCUGUCAUCCAUUGCCACUGUGCAGGUCCACGUUUCUGACAUCAAUGACAAUGCUCCCAUCUUCCACCAGUCAGAGUACAGAGCCACUGUGUCCGAGGAUGGGCUACCUGGAUCAACUGUUCUAACUCUAGAAGCAAUGGAUGGAGACUUGUUCCGGGAAAACUGUGGCUUUGAUUUUGCCAUUGCUAGUGGGAACUCUGGUAAUGCCUUCCAGAUUGAGAGCAGUGUGCGCUUCUUGGAGGGCCGGGGCUUCCAGACGAUUGGUAGCCUGAUCCUGGCAGAAAAACUGGAUUUUGAAGUAGUUCCAAGUUAUAACCUGACGGUUGUGGUAACAGACCGUGGGAUCCCUCAGCAUAGCUCCAGCGUACCUAUCCUUAUCAGUGUUAUGGAUACUAAUGACAACCCUCCGGCGUUCAGCCGAACAGCUUACAGUAUAGUUUUAAGUGAAAGUACCACAGCAGGGACCGAGAUUUUACACUUAUCUGCCACAGAUCCAGAUUCUACCCCCAAUGGAGAGGUGCAGUACUCAAUAAGCUCUGGAGAUGAGACACACUUGUUCAAGGUGGACCAUUGGACUGGAGUCUUGAGACUGCAGAGACCUCUAGACAGCAAUAUAAAGCAAUCCCAUUUGAUUGUUAUCCAGGCUACUGAUGGGCAAGGAUAUUAUGCUUUAGCUCCAGUCACUAUUGAAGUAAAGGACAUAAACAAUAACAGGCCCUUCUUCCCCCUAAAGCUAGUGACUGCAAGCAUCAGGGAGAACCAGCCCCAGAAUGCCUUAGUUACCAUGCUGCAUGCUAUUGACCAUGACAGAGGUGUUUUUGGACAGCUGAAUUACUACAUGGUAGAUAGCGCCAAAGCAGAAAGAGAGGGCUUUUUUAUUAACCAAACAUCAGGCGAAGUACGAACUCGCUCCAUGUUUGACUUUGAGAAAACAAAUUUCUUUCAUUUUGUGGCAGUUGCUAUGGAUGCUGCCAAUUAUUCAGCAUCCGUGACGGUGCAGGUUUAUGUCACAGGGGAGGAUGAAUAUGAUCCCGUUUUCAUCGCCUCCGAGUUCUCAUUUGAAGUGCCUGAAGGAGCUAAGAAAGGUCAGAUCAUUGGCACAGUACAAGCCAGAGAUGAAGAUGGAGGCAUUGAUGGCAUUGUCCUCUACUCAUUAUCAGAUCAUUCGCCUUACUUUGAGGUCAAUAAAUCAACUGGAUCAAUUUCUUUAAAGGUGGACAGUAACAGUAGACACGUCAGUCGCUCUAAAAGAGAGGUGCGCCUAAUAACUCUGGACGUGACUGCUCAAAGCCCUCAUGAGACUUCACGAACUGCAGUGGUCAAAGUUAUAAUAGAUGUGAGCCAUACCUCUUUUGGUCUCAGCACAGAAAUUAAUAUGUUGCUCGUCAGUGUUGUUGCGGUUUCACUUGGCACCAUAAUCAUACUCACAGUAGUUGCUGUGAUGCUGUUUUUUGUUAAGUUGAGAAAUCAGAAGCGUGAGCAAAAUACUCAUAAGCAAAAGACUAUUUCGGGCACCCUGUUGCACAAGCUUCAGGAAACAAAAUUUUCAGCAAAUGAAAUUAUUUACCAUCAGGCUCUUCCUGGAUAUGCCUCUGAUCAAAGUGGCAACUCUGGGGGUCCUUACACUCGUGGUGGUUCCUUGGAUCCCUCCCAUUCCAGUGGUCGUGGCUCUGCAGAGGCAGAAGCUGCGGAGGAUGAUGAAAUCAGAAUGAUUAAUGAAUAUCCUCGGGUGUCAAGCAUCUCCUCUUCCAUCCAAGAGCGCAUCUCUGCCAGAGGUCCGGACUCCGGGAUCCAACAAGAUGCAGAUCAGCUCUCAGAUGUGUCCGGUGAGCCUUCCUUAGACUGGUUCAAAGGGAAGAAACUGGGCAGUGUGAAUGGGACUUUAAUAGCUGGCCAGGUGCCAGUCUACAGGGAUGAUCGGGGGGUGUAUGUGGGUGUGGGGCGAGGACUCAGCAUCUCUCAGCCUAAAGACUAUACUUUCCCUGAGGACGGAAAGCCUCCUGUGGACGGCUCCCUCACGGCCAUUGUGGCCAGUGAUGAGGAGCUGAGGGGCAGCUACAACUGGGAUUACCUUCUGAACUGGUGUCCCCAGUUUCAACCCUUAGCUAAUGUUUUUACUGAAAUAGCACGUUUAAAAGACGAAACUGCGCCUCCUCAUCCUCGUAGGUCAUUUCAUCACAAAGCAAAAGCAGAGUCAAGAAUUGAUCCUCCGCCUCUAAUAACCUCUGUGGCCCACCCUGGGGCCAAAACUGUACCCCCAAAGCCUGCUAUAUCCAGAACUUUCCCCCUACUAGCCUCUUUCCGCAGAUCUCCCAUCAGCACUGACGGAUCAAUCUCUUCAGUCGCAAUGUCUCCAAGUUUCUCCCCUUCUCUUUCACCACUAGCAGCACGUUCACCUGCAAUCACACCCUUCAGUGUCUCACAGGGACCCUCUGCCUCCUUGAUUAGCACGAAUGAACACAGUUUUGAACACAGCGAGGAGGCAGAUUUGAGGAUUUGAAAUCUAGCGGAUGGAUGAAAACUGAGUCACUGCUGUCCAUAACGUCUACUGUAUGGCUACAACUUGAAAGCAUGAAUAUUGACUUUUUGUCUGUUCUGUUUGCCUAGAGGCCUUGUGCCCAGUGAUAGUCUAUGAUCAAAUAGCUAAAACUGUGGUGCUUCAAGGAAAAAAAAAACACUAAUUACUGGCCAAAAAAGGACAAUGCCUUUUUGUGUGUUUGUACAAGUGUGACAGCAACUUCUUCUGUUGUUUUUUUAGUGUUAAUUUGCACAUUGAAAAAGAGAUUCAUUCAUGAUGUCAAUAUUUUGUACAGAGUCAUUGUUUAUAUUUUUAUACUUCCUUGUGGUAUUUGACAAAAAAAAUGCAUUCAUGUGUCAAAAGAUUACAAAACCUCAAAUUAUACAGUAUUUCUAUAUUUGUAUAUUUGCAGCCUUCGUAUUGUGUUUGUUGUAUUUUAUGUCAUCUCAAACUUGUGACUUAACUAAAGCUUUUCACAAAGGAAUGCAUUUGGAUUUUUGUAUGAGAUAGCUGUAAAUAUUUAAAGAGGAAGAGAUAUCUUUGCUAUAACAAAUGCAACAUCAGUCAGAAUAGAGAAUUCUGUGACUAUAUUUUCUUGAAAUCCAGUGUUUGAUCUCCCAUCUGAAAUUAAUAAUGAAUGUGAAAUGCGGAAAAAGUCUCGAAGACUUUAUCACGCAUCCCUUCGAACCCUGCGAAGGAAAACAGACUUUAACAUCCGCUGAUUUUACUUACUCACAAGGUUCCCUGGCUUUAAGCUCCCACAGCAAGCCUUACUGUUUUUCAUACUGCAUUGUAAAGAACAAUGAGCAUUGUGGAAAAUGUAAAGUAGUUCGCUAUAACCACACUCUAAUCAGACAAUGUAAGCAUGUGUUUGUUUUAUCAUAUGAUGUCGCACAGUAAGAAAAAAAACUAUAAGCUGUAAACGUUCUAAAAGGGUUUUAAAAUUUGGAGCAGGUUUCUCUGACUUCUGUCUUUGUUAGUGCGUAUGUGUGUGCUUCUGCUAAGAAACUUCAAUCAAGUCAGUUUUGCAGCACAUUUCAUUCAUUCAGCAUAGUGAUGGAAAAACAACUGUUCUAAAAAAGUAUGUGUUUUUGACUGUUGAAAGGCCAUUAGUAAAUGUUUUAGAUACUGUACUACUUUUACACAGAUGCCUAUGAUUAAAUGUAAAUGAUCAGAACUGUGUUUUGGGCAGCCUCUACAGACUAAAUAAUGUGUCAGUUUAUGUUAACAGGUUAGUGCUCAUAUUACUCAGUUUUAGAUUUUAUUACUUAAAUUUUAAUUUUGCUACGUGGUUAAUAUUCUGAAAAAAAUAAAUUACUCAAGAACGCUGCCUAUUUAAUUGAAGAAGGCACUUUGUUUUUGUAUUUUAUUUUUUUUUUUUUUAUUUAACAGUUGCUGAGAAGUAACCAACUCUAAUUUCAUUCUCAUGAUUGUCAGUACUGAAGAGAAAUAAUAAAAUAAAUUGCCUCCAAUGGUUACACAGAUCAAUGUAGGCCUGUCCAAGAAAUGUUUUGAGCAAAAAGUGCCUGAUUAAAUCUCUUCCUAUCUUG